UAUUAACAUUUUAUAACAUAGAAAACAUGUUAUUCUUUGGGAUAUUGUCUGUUCUUUUGGCAGUUGCCUCUGCUAACUACUGUUAUGAUGAUGUAGGUGCAGUAUGUGGCACAGUACCACCUAAAGAUGAAAAAGUGAAAAACUUGCCAAAUUGUAGUGCAAAAUAUGGAUCGAUUGUUGCUCAUCUGCCUAUUCUCCAAUCAUAUGCAAAUACCAAUAUUGCAUUCAGCAUGGACUUUCUAUUAAUGUCUAGUUAUUUUGGAAACUAUGAAUAUCAACGUGAAGGAUUUCAAAAAUUAUACCGCAAAUAUUCUGAUGAAAUGUGGGAAGAUGCAAUUGAUGUAAUUAAAUAUCUUGCUAAACGUGGUGGAACUAUGGAUUUCGAACAACUGCCACGUAUAAAGGGAUCUCCAAAAGUAUUAGAAAUGAAUGAACUUAGCAGUUUAGCUAAAGCACUCGACAGUCAAAAACUACUUGCAAACGAAGCAAUGCAUAUAUAUACUGAGGCACAACUUGCACAUACACAGGAUAAGGUGGUGUACAUCACAUUUAAUUAUAUGUAA